AGAUUCACUACGAGUACGUCGACCCUGUCUUUCUUUCUCGACCAUCGUGUGCUGUGGUUGAAUCCGGAAAUCAAUGUGAGGCCCCCUGGAGUAGAUGAUUAUGACUGUGUCUGCAAAAAUUUGGUGUGACAACAUGUGCGGACUGUUGCGGGAGGUUGGCUCCUUGAUCCUGCGUUCGCUUUUAUUCCGUGAACCUAGUCGACGACGUCCACCCGCACGGUCGCCGAAGCCCCCAGUUCGCAGCCGUGGAAAUGCAGUUGCAGUGGCAUCGAGAAACGAAGGCGCCCGUGUUGACGAGCAGGGUCGUCGUGAAAAAACCUACGCGUGGUCAACCUGUGGUCUUCGUCCGUCCCAUUGGGCGCUGCAUGCGAAAAAAAUGUUGGCAACUACACACGACAUCGUCAUCGUGAUGACCGAGAGAUUAUUUUUCCGGACAAGCAGGAGGUGCACGUGCAAACUACAUCUCUCCUGGACCGUUGCAGCGUUUUUGAAGCGACUGCUGGCCCGACGACCCGUCGGUUUGGUUGCGGUUUGGUGUCUGUGUAUUAUGAGCGUUCUCCUGGGCCUGGGCUGGACCAACCUGUCACACGCGGGGGCUCUCGCUGCACCAACAUCUUCUUCGGAGUUCCAGUAUCCAAAUUUUCUUUCCUGCGAGCAGCACGAGGAUUGGAAAGAGUUUCUGGACGCGCUAAAGGAGACAAACAUAGUAUCAUUUGGAAUAAAAUCAUUCAAAUCACCACGCUCGUCGUCAUACACAUUCACGUGCGAAAACCUGAUGGAAGAUUUGUGAUUCGGAACGUAUUACAUUUUACGUCGCAUCUUGACAAAUUCAUUGACGUGCAUACGGGGUGGUAGCGUAGUGGUUUUACGUUGCAUACAGCGCGGAUCUGCACGAAACCCUCGUCCUACAAGUACAACGUAUUGAAAUUUUUGAGUUUCAAUGUGACGUAGGUCUGUUUGUGUUUGUACUUAGUCAUGCAAAACUGUUCUAACGGAAAAACAAAUCCGGUCAUCUAAAUCUAUUGAAAAUGCGCAUGCCAAAUUUCAAGAAACUUCCUUAGGCCCAGAAACUGCUGCACAAGCACGAGAAGCACUUCAUGGUCGCCCAGAACACGAUAUCAAGUGCAAACGUAAGUAUCUGGGUCGCGAAAAAAGAGAGGACGCGAGUUGCCAACAGGCUGACUCUUGCAUGACAGCGAGGCUUUUUGUAUGGUAGGAACGCAUGACAAAAAUUUUUCAGAUUAGUAUGUCUUCUAAGAAGACAUACUUACCUGAAAUUUUUUGUCUGUCGAACCGAAACUCACGUGCAAAAGUGCCUCUCAGCACGACAAAAAAACUCGCCAAUUAUCCUCUUGCUGUAAACGCAGAUCAUCCUAAUCUCAUGCAACUCUCGCACAUCACAAAUCCAGACCGAGAUCGAUAUUUGCGAUGCAUACAGGAAGCGCAUGUUCAUCGAGUGUGCGUGGGAAACCCGCGACCUAGAGAAAUCUGUGGAGGAUGUUCGCGGCGAGCAGGCUUGGCUCGAAGCGCUGCAGGACUUGCGGGCAGAGGAUGACAAUUUGGCGGAUUAUGACGAAGUCGACGGGGAGGAGCACGUCGAGCAUGCAGCGGAGACUUCUACAAGUCGCAGCAACGACCAAGCUCAAGCUAACGAGACGGGAAAUACACAGAUAUCUAUCGGUCCUAACGGCGACCACGCGGGGGCAAGAACGACUAGGACAUCUUCAGAUGAUGUUGCAGCCGCGUCGUCCUCAAUGAAACGAGACCAUUCAGGUACUACAAAUAGAAGCCCAGUACUAGUGGAACAAACAACGCAGCGGGGCGAGCACCGGCGGACCCGGACCUACGCGCUCUUGGACUCGAUUGCUUUCCCGCAAGAAACUAGAGGAGAUGGCUCUGGGCCGGAGGAUCGUGGUGACAGGAACCAGCACAGCGCUUCUCGUCAAGAAAGUGAGGAUCCGCUGAUUUAUGGCCCGCUCAGAUGGAGCAAGAAGCUCGACUGUAACAAGAAAAUUGCAAAUCUGUUUGUUAGCCCGUAUUUGUCUUGCAUAACGGGCAAAAGCAGAGGCUACCUGCUCCAGUCUUGCAUGACGAAGUCAAAGUCUGUUGCAGCUGUUGAGCAGGCCAUACUCCUCCUGUUCAGGAAGAGCAGGAGGUAGCAAAAAAGCUUCUCCACUACCAGAAAACCGACUACCCGCUCCUGACCGGACGGGAGGUGCUGCGGUGGCUGAAGCAGCGCCCCUUCCACGACGGCCAGCAGAUCACUCAGUGGAAGCGCAUCGCAUACAACAUGCUGUAUACCGAGAGACUAAACGCCGAAAAAGCAACGGAUCGACCCAGAUUGCUAGAAGUACAAACAGAAAGAGGAGCUGUGCGACGACCUGGAGAAGUGAAGGAGGAUGCAAAGAACUCUCAGCCAAAUCCAAAUGAACAAGAUCAACAUGGCGCUAUGAAGAAUACUUUCGCGGACAGCACCUCCUCGAGCUAUCGUCUGUCGCACAAGAAAAUCCUCCACCACUACAAAAACCGGCUGAGCGAGCGCGUCCUCGAUCCGAAUAACGAGAAUCCGCCGAUUUGCUUUUGGGGCUACUACAUCGCCGCAACGGUAUAUCCCACGAAGAAACUGUUUCACUGUGGUGAUUUUGCAAAAUCUGCAUCACAAGUUUGUUACGCAUGACGCUGAAAAUCUGUCUCUGUCAUGCGCGCUUCCCAAGGGAAAACACGGCACAAAAUCCAAUGCCUUUCGGGUGUAGCACGACAGCGAGUUCUGUGCUCCAUUUUCUGCAUCACAACUUCGCAGUGAUGAAACAGGUUUUUUCUUCCCAUACGAUACGGACGAGAAUGCUGGAAGCCGACCCGGACUCACCUUUAAACAGAGAACGAGACACACUCGUACCGUAGAGAAAAAUUUGCUCCUUCACUGUGAAGAAAUUGUCAUGUGGGGAUGCAGUUGCACUAAACGAAUUUUAUACGUGCUGUCUCGCAGCUUGGCAAAUCGAACCUAAGACAGCGAAUCCUAUGCUAGGCAUGAUCAUUCUUUUUUUUUUUCGUUCGGAACCACGCAUGGCUGGUUUCGUGUAAGAUGCAAAAAACACUUAAUAUCAUGUUCGACCAGUCCUCGAAUGAAAUGAAAAUCGCGGCAAUGAAACGCUAAUUUUCACUUCGUGCGAUACCUGGUGACCAUGGUGCAGCGCAUGCUGAUGGACAAAUCCAAUAUUGGCAAUAUGGCGGACCUAUCCGGUUGGCCGCUCGACCACGCGCAGCUGAUUCGUUCGGUGUGGCCGGAACACAACUGGCGCAUCAUCCAGGGGCACAUCCCGAUAGAUAUCGCACGAAAAAAGUGUUUUACUGUAAGGAUUUUGCAAGUUUUGCAUUACAAGUUCGCUACACAUGACCAAGACAACUUCCCAUGCGUGCUUCCUAAGGGAAAACACGUUGAAAAACCAAGUGUCUUGCAUGUGUAGCAAGACAAAUAGUGGUGUGCUCCAUUCUAUGCAUCACAAGUUCACAGUGAAACAGUUUUUUCGUGCGAUAAUAGACACGAAAGAUACAAUGCGCCCCGUGUCCGUCUGGCCGAGCCACUUGUUUCAAGUGCCGCAUGAUUACUACAGCUUUCGAAAAGUAUCGGCGUCAACAUCUUCACCCUCUGCAGCCGCUCACGACGACCAGCAAACACAGCAGCAUCACUUGGGAGCCACGCAGAUGCUCCAGCAGAACCAGUUGCUGCAUGGCGCAGGAGGCCAGGGUGGAGCUCCUGCAGGUGUGUAUGCAAUGCAAAAGCGAACUAUCGCACCGGAGAUGACUAACUGCGAACAUUUUGCACGGUAAAUGAUGAUGGUGUACUUCCACUUUCUCAACCUUAAGUACCUCAAUGUGCAUGACUAAUUCAGAUCUACUCAGCUUUCCUUCUUCAUCCGGUGGAAAUGAAAUUCGUCUUGCAAGAAUUCGUAUACAAAUAUUGUGCGAUGGUAAGUAUUGCUUGUUGCAGUGCAUAAGGUAAACGAAUUGACUAUGUACGUAGUCGGGUAUCACGCGACGCUGGCGUUGGAACUGGUGAAAAUCUGGGAAUUGCUCCCGGAGAUAGUGUAUCAAGUGCAAAAGCAUCGUAGUUCUCGUACGCAAGUAAAAGGAUACGAUGACUCUCCUCAGCAUGACGAAAAAUGGACCUUGUGAUGCUAAAGUAGGAAAGAAACUCGAUCUGUUUAUGCAUCAUUGCAAUUUAAUUGAUUGUUGUACGAAAUAAUGAAAGGAUAGACUACGAUACUAUUGCAAAAUGCAUACCGUGCCCAAUUUGAAAGUGAAGAUCACAACGCACGUGAUCGACGACAAGCUGGACCACACACUGAAUGCCGAGGAGGAACGCGACCGUGUGGCGAACUUGGUUACGCACGGACAAAAUUUCGAACUCAUCGAUAAGUUGGUGAACGGCAGCUUGUAUGCAUUGCAAAUAUGUCUGGGUCUGGAACAAGGUUGGAAGUAACUUGUGAUGCUGUCUUUGGAUUCUAAAAAAAUCUGUAUUGCAUGACCAGCAAGAGGGAUAUAGUUUCUUUGUGCUACGUGGAGAGGCCGUUUCUCAUGCGGAAUAGGCAUCAGCAAGCACUCUAAAAAUCUGUGAUGCUAGGUCACGCAUUGCAGGCAUCACGGGUCAUGCAAAAUGUGCAUGACAAACGACGCACUCUUCCAGACCCAGGCAUAUUUGCAGGUGAUAGCUUGAGCGAAAACGCCCGGGGCCAAUUCGGCACGUCCUCGCAAUCAGGUCCCGCGAAGGAUGAUGAAAAUAAAGAUGAUAACGCGGACGACCAAAUAAACAAGAACGCGGACGGUGGGGAAGAAAACACAAACACAAACAGAAACACUCCACAAGACAAUCCGCACAGUACUAGCGAGAUGAAAGACGACGAGGGCACCACGUCGAAAGCGACCAGCACAGACGAACCUUCGAAAGGCGGGUUUCGACUCUGCGAGUAUUUCAACGUCUGCGCGACGGACGCCCGAUUGCUGUACUUGAACAAAAAGUUUCUCCGGCGGGCGUUUCUGCCCAAGACGAAACUGGCCAACCCCCAGUUUCCGGACUUUCAGGUAUCAAAUGCAAAAAUGUCUGGGUCUGGAAGAUUGCAACUUGUCAUGCUGUUUUUGGACUCUAAAAAAAAUUGUAUUGCAUGACCAGCAAAGGGGGCGCAGUUUGUGCUACACGGGCAGGGCAUUUCUCAUGCGGAAGGUGCAUCAGGAAGCCCUCUAAAAGUCUACGAUGCUAGGGCAUGCAUUACAGGCAUCAUGGGUGAUGAGAAAUAUGCAUGACAAGUCUUGCAUUCUUCCAGACCCAGACAUUUUUGCAUUUGAUAUCAGGAGUGGCUCAACGAGUGGAUUCAGCUGUUCGCCGAGUAUUUGUAUUACAGUGAAAAAUGCCCCCACCCCCAAAGUUGCAAGAAUUUGUGAUGCGAACUUUCCAAAUGAAAUCUUUUUGUCAUGCAUGAAAGGAGUAUGAAUGCAUCUUUCUGAUGCAGACUCCAGGCGUAUAUGUAUAUCGCAUCGCUUGCAUGACAAGCGCUGCACUUGCUGGGAUCUUUUGCAAUACAAAUUAUUGCUAUUCACGAUUGGAAAUCUGUGAUGCUGAUAGAUGCAAGAGGGCGAAUGUUUCAUUUGGAAAGGUUUGCAAUAAAAAUGCUCCCAACUUCGGGUGUGGGGGCAUUUUUAAUUGUAAUACCGAGGUGAACGUAGACGAGCAGGGCGGAGGUGGAUCCAGUGGCAUCAACGAAGACGCUGUUGACGCACAACGCAGAAUUUUGCAGGAUAGGCUCCAACGGCUAGCACUACCAGCGGGGAAGGAAAAAGAACCAAGAGACUAUGACGAUCAGGGAUCACCCUCUAGUACUGCUGUCCUUGACAUAUGGAUUGCAAAAAUGUCUGGGUCUGGAAGAUUGCCAGAUUUUUCAUGCAGGUUUUCCAUGACCCAUGAGGUCUGGUAUGUAGGACAUAGCAUGACAGCUUCUGCGGGACCUGUCUAAUGCCUAUCCUGCAUGAGAAACGGCCUCUCGAUUAGGUCAAAAGUGCACUAUUUUUGGCAAUCAUGCAACACAGUUCUUUACCUGAUUCAGAUUUAGCAUGACAAGUUGCAAUUAUCCAGACCCAGACACUUUUGCAAUCCAUACGACACAAACAUCGACAAUGCGGAAAUCCUCGUGUGCACGGAGCCCGCGGUGCUCUGCUAUGAACUGCAAAAGUAUCGUACUCGUAGUAAUUGCUGUUAUGCAUGACAAAUCUCUUUCCUGAGGCAAAACAGCAUUACAAAUUUCAUUUGUAAUGCUGGGCUAAUUUGUAAUGCAAUUCAUACUAGUACGAUGCUUUUACAUGGCAUAUCUGCCUGCCCCUGGCAAUGGGGCAGCCGAAAAAGAUUGUCAUAGGAUACUUCGGAAACCCGUUAGCGGCCUACGUGCCCGAGCGGUAUUUGGACACCUGGUUCCGGUACUUCGUAUGAACUGCAAAAGUAUCGUAUUCGUAUAAAUGCAUUACAAAUUUCCUCAGCGUGAGCAAUGAAAUUUGUAAAUGCGAAUUUACCUGAAGAAAAAGAAUUGGGAUGCAUGACUGCAAGAAUACGAGUAGAGAUACUUUUGCACAGGAUACCGCGGGAGUCUGGACAACUUCUUCCCGGUGGCGAGUACCCGGUUUAUCGAAUGCAAAUGUGUCUGGGUCUGGAAGAAGAUUGCGAGGUCUGUCAUGCUUGUUUGGCAUGACCAAAAAGUUUGUGAUUCGUGUCCAAGAAAAGACCCAUUUCUCUGCCUGUCAUGCAAAAACGCAGUUUGUCAUGCGAAAAGCGCAACACAAAGAAGCCCAGAUAUUUCUCAUGCUUGGCUGUGCAUUACAGAGCAUUCACUAUUCCCAACGCAGCAUUACAAGUUUCCAGACCCAGACACGUUUGCACUGAAUACGGUUCCUAGCGAAACAAAUGGAGUACCAAACCGGGCGGUUCGUGAAUUCGCAGCGGCCCCUAACGCUGUACGUGCAAACAGUGUAUUCCCCCGUCACGCUAGCGUAUGCAAAGAGGAAAAAAAAUGUGAUUGCACAUCACUGUGUUGCAGGCCAAGCAAGACACACAAGUUCUGUCAUGUCGAAUUCUAUAUGCUCAGGAGCAUAGUAAAGUUUCAUAUGUGAACGCGUUUAUUUCCCUUUAAUAUAAUCCCUGUACCGUUAGCUGCGAGUUGUUUGUGUUGCUGAAUGACUUAUGACCACAAGUGUGCAAGAACUGUGCUGCUUUUUCCUUGGGAUAGGGCCCGGGCAGGAAACUGGAACUUUGUGGACUUUCACGAAAACUUUCCCAGCGGCCGGGAUCGCGAGCGCGAACUGUACGCGAGACUAAAGGAAGGAAAUCUACAAGAGAAUGGAAAUCAUUCCACGCACGGCCGUAGCACUAGCGGCGCCGAAAUAACAAGUACAUCAGUGGACGACACCACAACAGUCACCUCACAGCACGAUCUCGACGUGCCCUUUAGCAAGGACGAGUAUUUGCACAAACCCGGCUUGCUCACACGAAGACUAAACCGGCAGAUUCUGGUGCUGCGCCAAUAUCCUAUGUAAAAACGUCCCCGCCUCAUGGUCAAGAUGGGGAAUCGGCUAAACAAAUCUACAAGAUUUGGCUGUUUUGCAUGACAAAUUUGGAUUCGUAGUGUUUUGCUGUUUGAGCUAGCUCAGCAGCAUCACAGAUCUAGUAUAUCAUGCUGUUUGAAGCAUUACAAAUUCCAAAACACGGCUAGAAAAUGCCUCUCAUGGGGGUCCGCAUGAGAAACAUUUUCAGCAUGCAGCUUUGCAUUACAGCUAUGGGGAAGGGACGUUUUUCAAAACGAUAGCCAACCCUCGGUGUUUUGGGACGACACCUGCAUCCUCAACCUGUUUGUAUCAACUGCAAAUAUCUCUGGGUCUGGAAGAAUGUGAGAUCUGUCAUGCAGUUUUUGCCUGACCCAGAUCGUCUGGCAUGCAAGCUCUAGCAUCACAGAUUUUGCGCAGGUACCCCAAUGCCUAACCCGCAUCACAAAUCCGCUCUUUCGGUAACAAGAAUUGGUGCCUUUUCCCAGCCAUGCAUGACAGAUUUUGUCAUGAUGUAGACUUCGCAUCACAAAUUCGAACUCUUCCAGACCCAGACAUAUUUGCAAUGCAUAGUUUGCAAAGCUGAACAACUUCCCGCUGCGGUUCCACUACACCGACGACCUGGUCGACAAGAGUUACAGCAUAUGGGAUUUCUCAAUUGUUACAUUCUCAACUGUUACAUGAAUUUGUCAUGCAAAAGCACCAUCAUCAUCCUCACGAUCAAGCUGCUCCGCAUGACAAAUUUGCGAAGGCCUAAACCGCACUUAAAUCUGUGCGGAAUUUGUAAUGCUACAGGUGCAACCUUCCCCCUUGCACUUUUCAUCCAGUUCUUGCAUCACAAGUUCAUGUAACAGUUGAGAAUGUAACAGUUGAGAUCGCCAUACAGCAGUUUCGCGAAGUUUGACGCGCUCGUUCUCUUUCCCUACGACAUGUCGCAGAUAUCAAAUGCAAAAAUGUCUGGGUCUGGAAUGUUGCCGGGUUUGUCAUGCAUAUUUUGCAUGACCCAGGAUGUCUGUAAUGCAUGACCUAGCAUCACAGAUUUUCAGAGGGUUUCCUGAUACCUAUUCCGCAUGACAAAUGCCCUCCCCGCGGAGCACAAACUGGACUCCUCGUCUUGCUGAUCAUGUAAUAAAGAUUUUUUUAGAGUCCAAAGUUAGCAACACAAGCUCCAACCUUCCAGACCCAGACACUUUUGCAUUUGAUAACAGAUGCGCUUCUACGAAUUCUACGCCAUGGGCAUGCCUAUUUUCCUGCCAAGAAAACUGGUCCUCGCAGCCUACAUUUAGUACCCUCAGCAAAAGUUAGUAUCCGAUACUUGUAGUAAUUGCAAGUAUGAAGAAUGCAGAGGGCUUUCUAAAGGUCAGGGUAAAUCUAAAUCCGCAAUACAUACGAAAUGCUAUUUCUCAUUCUGACGCUAACAAGCCACUUUGCAAGGCAUUUUUUAACUACUGUGUGCGAUACGAUACUUUUGCAAUGGAUAUCCACCGAGGCAUGACCAGCAUCGAGGAUUUCGACUAUACCGUAUCGUGAGGGAAAACGUCCCCACCCGGUGCCCAUGUUUGUCCUGCAAAUCUGCAUGCCUAAAAUGUUUAUCUUCAUGUUGUUCAUCAUGCGCAGCUGUACGAGAUGAAGCAUCAAUUUUUGAAAGUGUUUUUGAAGUUUUUUUUUCUCGAGUCACGCUAGAGAAGUUCGGAUCCGUUAGUUUGUGUUGCUGCGGGUGAACCAAAUACACACGACAAUCUUGACGAUUGAGGUCGGGGGGGCGUUUUAACACAGCACACACGGUGGUGGAGAAGCACCUCUCGGAACAGGAAGCCGACAAGGAAAACGAGAACAAAAACAGGAUACCCAACCCCUUCGAGCGGUGGAAUUUCGACGUGGCCAGCUGGUGGUCGCUCUACACGCACUAUCCAUUGCAAGCAUGUCAGUCAGGGUCCUCCGGAGGACUGGAAUGCGCAUGUGGAGAAGUCUAGCACUACAGAUUUUGUCAGAGCUUUCCAAAAAUGCGCACCUUCACGCGUGACGCGAAAUAUAUUAAUAUUUAUACCAAAGCAUUCAGAGGCCGGCACCAUCUCGUCCUUCUAAGUACCCGCGCACAACAAAUUUUUGUGCCGUGCGGUCCUCUGCGGGCGGAGGACGCAUCACAAGUUGCAACCUUCCAGUCACCCAGGGUGGACGAUAUGAAUGUGAUUUGCAAUGCAUACACACUAUGUCUCCUUGCCGCAUUUGUUGUACUUCAAAUCUGCACCGGACCUCUUUCACCAGCUGGCGUACAAGCCGGCGGACGAAUUUCUGAAACUUGUAUCCAUCGUGGGAAUCCAGAAUGAAAGAAUUGAUCCGAUCUUCGAUCGAAGACAGAAAAGAUGUUUGUUUCUCGUAAAGAUAACUAAGGAUGCAACGAAGUGUAUGCAUUGUAGUUCUGCUGGUUUGAAAUUCGAUGGGACCCGACGGGGAGGUGUCGUUCUUUCGAAAAAAAAAAACGUCAUUUCUCCCGGGGAAGAAACAAACACAAGCCGCUGACCACCACCAGCAUUGUGCCAGAUGAAAGCGUUGGUUAGAGUCAGACAUGAAGAUGCCCAUCUACGAGGAUCACAACAUCGAUGGAUCGGAUCCUACAAGGAUUUUCGAAAUUCCAUAGCCGAGCCACGGGAUGCACAAGAGAAACGCCCUGGAUUUAACGCUGAGUUUGCAAUUCUGGCGAGAAGCUUUGAAUCUGUGACUGUGAUUAAGUCUGCGAGCCCGCAGUCACCUGUGAAUGUGAGAAUGUGACUAUCCGAAGCAACACGAUCUGCGAUGUGGAAAGAAACACACGAAGAAUAAUACACCGGGUCAUACAGUGUUGAUUUUGUGUUUCACGAAGGAAGGCCAUGAAAAGAUUAAGUCGAGACAAGAAAGAAUCUGAAUCAAA